CGUGGCCCGGCCCACUCCAGCUUCUUCAACCCAUUUUCUCCUCUUCCCCAUCACAUUUGCGGAAUUGCGGCGAAAGUCCGAAAGCCCUAGUUCUGCCAACCCAUCGCGUCGCCGGCAAUGCCGCCGAGGAAGCGGAAGGCCCCUGCCCCGCCGCGCCGCCCGCCGUCCCGCCUGGAGUACCAGGCGCGACUAGACGGCGCGUGGUACAGCGUGCGCCUGGUGCUGCAGGGGGGCUCGCUGCGCGUCAUGUACGAGGAGUUCCCCGAGGAGAUGGACGAGUGGUACGACCCAGGCGGCGCCGACCUCGCCUCCCUGCGCGGCGUGGCCGCGCUCCGCGCCAGGUUCCGCCCGGUGAGCCGGCCCCUCGACGACGCCCGCUGCGCCGACCUCCGCCCCGGCCAGCGGCUCUGCGUCUUCUGCGACAUGUCCGAACUCGAACGCAAGUACUACGACGCCGUCCUCGAUUCCGUAAAAAGGGCGCCUCACGACACGGUGGACGGCGAGGAGCGGUGCGCGUGCCGUUUCAAGGUGCGAUGGACGGAGGGGCCGCGCCGCGGUGGCUGGGCGGAGGUCGGCAUCGCGGAUGUCACCUGCGUGCAGGACUCCUCGCCGGUCCACGACCCGGUGCUGACCGAGUUCCUGGACUCUGUCACAAAGUCGUUCGGCAGCGGGGACGCGACGGCAGCGUCUCAGGCGACCGGGGUCACGUCGGCGCCGGGCGGCGGCGAGGGGAGACCUGCGCCGGUAUAGGCUCACCUCCUAGCUCCUGUGCCGCAUUCUGUUUCGAUGUAGCCAUGUACUCUGUUCAAGAAUCGGUGAAUUUGGGGAAUUUCAGCCUUUGUGUCGCUUCA